ACGACCGCUCAGGAAGGGCCGAGUUAAAAAACAAAAAACCACGUUUAUACAUGAAUGAAUAAUUAUUAUACACAAUACGGUUCUAUGUAAUACCCAUAUACAUAUGUUUUCAGUAUUUGUAAAGAGAGGUCCGUUUUUCGGUGUCCGUGGCAACGCACUUGUGUUUAUAUGCGUUCAGCUACCGCUACCAGUAAAUAAACAAACAUCAACUGUGAACCUGGUGCACAGUAAAACAUGUCAAAUAGUGGAGCUGAACAGGAUUCUGCGUAUUCGUUGGAAGAAGAAGAAGGGAAUUCUAAAGGGAAAAGUAUAAAAGCUGGAAAUAGACGAGCAAAAUCACGCGAAAAGGAUCGAAUGAGUGAAUUGGAUGCUACGAUUGCCAAAUUACCAGUUCCGGAUGGUACAGUGAAUUUGGUACGAAAAUAUUCAAAUGACGAGAACGCUAAGCGACAUUCUGGAGGAAUUCAGGCCUAUGCAAAAUUUGCUGGAAGUACAUGGACGUAUUAUGUUCAAAAACUUCGAAUUGUGUUGGGACGAGAACCAAAUGGGAGUUCGAGUGCGCCUCCGAAUGUAGAGCCUGUUGAUAUGGACUUUGGACCGAGUAAACUAAUUAGUCGAAAACACGCGGUUGUCGUGUUUGAUUUGAAUACGCAACAAUGGAAUUGUACUGUUCAUGGUCGGAACGGGAUUCGCGUGAAUGGAAAGACAUACGCCGCUAAUAGUAGCGUUACUUUGGAGAGCGGUUAUAUCCUUGAUAUUGGUGGUGUUCAAAUGAUGUUUGUUUUACCGGACCAGGUCGAAAGAGGAAAGAAGGAAUCAACAACUUCCUCAGAACAAAAGCAGACGGCGAACGAGUCCGUUGCAAACGAACCCACCACCGACGGUGAAGCUUACCAUCCGUUCGGAAACCAAAAACCACCAUAUAGCUAUUCGGUGAUGAUUGCUCAGGCAAUUCUUUCGACGAGCGAUAGUAUGAUGACACUUUCGAAAAUCUAUUCGUGGAUUCAAGAUCACUAUCCCUAUUAUCGAACUACAAAAAGUGGUUGGCAGAACUCUAUUCGCCAUAAUCUUUCACUCAACAAAGCGUUUCACAAGGUUCCGCGUAAAUGCGGUGAAAUUGGCAAAGGAAUGAAGUGGUCAAUUGCUCCUGAAUAUCGCGAAGAGUUUCUUAUUAAAGCACGACUUUCAUCAAAACGGAAAUCUUCCGAGGUUGCUUCAUCUAAUGAUCAGUAUUAUGCGUCACUUAAAGAACCCAAAAAACUGCAUGCGUCGCCCGCAAGGUCUCGCGAGCGUACCCCUGUCACGCCAAAAAAAAACAUAGAGCGGCCGGUUGUGAGUGAUGUACCAAGUACAGCCAAGUCACUUCCGACGCGAACGCCAAACUAUAAAACGCCGGUACGGACUUCACUAUCUGACCUCAUUGCCUCUCGAGAAGGUACACCUGUCGGUCGUGAGUAUACUGCCCCUUCAAGUGCGGGUUCGGUUGCACGCAGUACCUCACGAUUUCCUACCUCAUCACCGGCGCCGUUUUGGAAAUACGUGGAUAUACCGAGUGUUCGCAAUUGGCCUCAAAUCAAUUCCUAUGAGUCUAUUUCGCCAUAUCGGAAUCCCAUUAAUAGUCACAUGUUUUAUUCGCCUGCACAGGCAAAACGUUCGGGCUUUGAUGAGCAAGUUCAUGACUUACAAGGUGUUGAUUUAGUGCAUGGGUUCGAGGGCAUCAGUUCGUGGCGUGAGUCAUUGGCUAACAAGAACUAUGGCAUAAAGCGUGAAUCAUUGACAAAUGACCCGCCGAUUGGUGUUCAAUUUAAUUCAAAAAAGACGGAGGAAGUAUUACCUGCAUCUCCAGAAGUCAAAUCUGCUGACCUUAGCGAGCCAACACUUAAUAACACGAAGAGCUCUGCGUCCAGUAGCACGAUGACUGCUUCUCCAAAUUCGGAGGAAAUGGUAAAGGAGCAUAAAGAAAUGCAAUCUUAAGUUUUAAGUGUGCAAACACACUCUCAUUUGCGUUGUAAAACAACGUUCAGUCACCUCUUACUACCUUUUUCCUUUCCAUCUAGGUUCUCUUUUAUUGCUUUUUCCUUCAAUUUUCCGGCACCUUUACUCCUCACAUCCUAAAGAGGCAAGUGACCUACCUAUCUAUGUGCAUGUGUUGCAUCAUGUGUCCCUAACUGAGCGCAAUUGUGCAGGCCCUAAUGUAUUAUUCUUUUAUAUUACUCUCGUUUUCGCUGAUAUGUCUAAGUGUCUGUAUGCGAUUGUGUACAUAUUUGCGAACAAUCGAAGAUGCGUGUUUGUCUGAUUCUUUUCCUUUCUCUUUCUAUCGAUCAUUCUUUACUCUAUUUUUCUUUUUUAUUUUUUCCUUAAUCCUUGUUGCUGCCAAGAAAUGUUUUUGUUUGGAAUCCUCCGCAGGAAUCGGUGUUCCUAAUUCUGUUUAUUUUAUUUAGGUACCGUUCUCGUAAUGUAUGAAUGAAGUAUCUUAAGUUUAUCAUUUAGCCUUUACUUGUCCGCAACUGUCUACAUUAUUAUUCUUUUCUAUGCCCAAGCUAUGUUCCCAUAUUUGGGCGACAAUUAGCGUCGGCAUUUUCGGCAGAAGGAUUUAAGGUUUUCGGCUUUGGUUGCACGAGUAAUAAGAGUUACGAUUAUAGAUUAGUGAAUAAAAGCUAAGAUUAAGGUAUGGUAGUCUGCUCAGC